GUAGGCAGUUUGGGGGUUGUUACAAGUGGGAGGGUUUCCUGAGUGAUGGCAUACACCCUUGUUUAAAGAAAACAAAAAAAAAACUACCGGCACCUCCCUUCCAGGUAACUUUUCCCACUUUGAGAUUUGGAGGCACCAGCAGAGGUUCUCAGCAGCGGAUCUCACACACCCAUUCCACCAUAAUGGAGACAGCUGAAUCUGUAGCAGCCGAUGUGGACAGCAAGAGAAGUGUUACCAUUGAAAUCGUAAAUCUCACUAACAACUACUGCCUCAUCAACCCAAAGGUUUACCUUGAGAAUGGGGAGACAUACAACCCACCUCAGCCCACAGUGCGCCCACUCAAGUCAGAGGUCUGCACUUUCGCGAAGGGCGGCGGUGCAACCGGCAGCAUUGGUGUGCUGACCUACGACCUUUUCGAGAGGUCGAAGAACGGCUUCAUUGAGAACCUGGCCAUCAUGUUCUCCGUUCCGUGGGACUACAACCUGUACAAGAACUGGUUUGCGGUGGGCAUCUAUGUAAACGGCCGUAACUGUGAUAAAGAAUUGUACAAACAAAUGUACUAUGAGAAGAAACAGCAUGAGAAUGGGUUUGUCAGGGAGGAGGCCACUGGAUCAGGAAUCAAUCAUGUGGGCAACUACCUAGAUAUCAAGGCCACAAUGAGUCCCCUGGGAAAUGCCAUUAUGAAGGUGGAGGUGUGGGAUAAGCUUUUUACACCCGUGCAGCAGUCGUACUAGAGACUCCUAACCAGUUUGAGUCCCAUCAACAGAAUUCCUCCCUCCACCUGAAGCCGUCGGCACACAUGAUUUAACAGAUGUAUUGUUGCUGACAUGUGUCUGUAUCCCUGUGUAUUACCCCCUCAGUAAAUCAGCUUAAGAUCAUUGUUAAGUUUGUUUAUAAAUCCAGGCAGCAAUAACCUCCCCCUUUAUAGCCGAAGCCUCCGUCUCUUUCUAUAGCAUCCGGUUUUAAAAUGGCAUCUUUAGAAAUGAAAAUCAAAGGAUGACUCACGGAGGACGAGAGCUUAAUAAAACACACUGAGGGCUUGUCUGUAUUUACCUUCACACUGUAAUCUCAGAAAUAAAAUAAACCUCUCUGCUGAAGCUA